AUGACACAAUUUCUUCGUAAGAGAGAGAAAGGUUUAGAACCAGAAAUUUGCAUCAUAAGGCACAGCACAGCAUAUGUCAAAAAUGAGCGGUUUGUGCCAGCUGCUUGUUUACUGUGCAAUAAAAAAUCCGGGAUAAAAACACGUCGUAAAUUCCCCACCUUGGAGCAGUUUACGGUGGAACUCGCCAAGGUGCGCACUCGUCGAGUUUUCGUCAUUUCAGACGAAGUUCAUCCUUCUGGAUGCUACGCAUCUGUUUAAACGGAGGAAAUUACCGGGACUUUUUGAAGAAUGGAGCUAACUAUGUAAUUCGACUUAGGAAGAUUUCGUCCACUACAUCGUCUUUAGUAUCAUGCAGUUCAUCUAGCGACAAGAAUAGCAAUUUAUUAUCGACUAAGGAAGUUGCUCGACUGCUUCGAAAAGAUGCUGCUUUCGAGCAGAAAUUUUUGGAGCGAGUCAGAGAAACGAUCAGCUGGUUUGCCACUCCCAAAGGUUUCAAGAAAUUUUUUGAGCCGGAGGACACGAAAAGUGAUAAAAAGGAGGAGAAGUCUUCAGAUUCUUCAGAGGAGAAGCCAAAAUCAUCAGACUCGAAGAAGAGUAGCAAAGGUAGCAGCAAGGGCCCCUCUAGUAAUCCCCUUGACCAGUUUCCCGGUAGUUGGCAACAAAUAGCCGUCAGCAUCGGUCUUAUAUUUGCUCUGUACCUGUUUAUGGAUUAUCAGUCGUAUAGAGAAAUAUCAUGGAAGGAGUUCUUCCACGAAUUUUUAGAACCUGGCAUAGUUGAUCGAUUAGAAGUUGUUGAUAAGAGAUGGGUUCGAAUUGUUUCAUCCGCUAAAAGUACCGGGCAAACCUGCUAUUUCAAUAUUGGAAGUGUAGACAGUUUUGAACGUAGCUUAGCUGCCGCACAAGCACACCUGGGUUACGAUGCGGACAAGCAGAUACCGGUGCUGUACAAAUCUGAGUUUGAUUUCAAAAGGGAAAUACCCAACAUCAUCAGCAUUGCCUUUCCUCUGUUAUUUGGAUAUUACAUCUACCGAAUGUUGAAAGGUGGCGGAGCGGGAGGUGCUACACGAGCAGGUGGAGGAGGGGGUUUGGGUGGUAUGUUUGGCGGUUUUGGACAAAGUACAGCAAGGAUAAUCAACAAAGAGGAUAUAAAGGUUGCCUUCAAAGAUGUUGCUGGUUGUGAAGAGGCCAAAAUAGAAAUUAUGGAGUUUGUAAAUUUUCUGAAGAAUCCUCAGCAGUACAAAGAUCUUGGUGCAAAAAUUCCCAAAGGUGCAAUAUUGACUGGUCCGCCUGGUACCGGUAAGACUCUGCUUGCGAAGGCGACUGCCGGUGAAGCUAAUGUGCCAUUCAUCACUGUGUCCGGCUCUGAGUUUCUUGAAAUGUUCGUUGGUGUUGGUCCAGCUCGAGUUCGUGAUAUGUUUGCAAUGGCAAGGAAGAACAGCCCAUGCAUCCUUUUUAUCGACGAAAUUGAUGCUGUUGGUCGUAAGAGGGGUGGCAGAGGUGGAAUGGGAGGACAUUCUGAACAAGAAAACACGCUGAACCAACUGCUCGUGGAAAUGGAUGGUUUUUCUACCGAAGAGUCGUCUGUGAUAGUGAUAGCCGCUACGAAUCGAGUAGAUAUCUUGGAUCCCGCUCUGUUACGACCUGGACGUUUCGACAGGCAGAUUUACGUACCAGUUCCGGAUAUCAAGGGUCGUGCUUCAAUAUUCCGAGUUCAUUUGGCUCCUCUAAAAACAUCUUUGGAUAAGUUCAAACUGUCACGGAAGCUUGCUGCGCACACUCCUGGAUUUUCGGGUGCUGACAUUUCUAAUGUUUGCAACGAAGCGGCAUUAAUAGCCGCCAGAGAUGCAUCUGAGGAAAUCACGCAAAAGAACUUUGAACAAGCUAUCGAGAGGGUGGUGGCUGGAAUGGAGAAGAAAAGCCAGGUGUUGCAACCAGAAGAGAAGAAAACUGUUGCGUAUCAUGAGGCCGGCCAUGCUGUUGCGGGAUGGUUCCUUGAAUAUGCCGAUCCGUUGCUCAAAGUUUCUAUCAUACCUCGAGGCAAGGGUCUUGGAUAUGCUCAAUACCUCCCUAAAGAACAAUAUUUGUACUCAAAGGAACAACUCUCUGACAGAAUGUGCAUGACAUUAGGUGGUCGGGUAUCCGAAGAAAUCUUCUUUGGUCGUAUCACCACAGGAGCACAGGAUGAUCUUCAAAAAGUUACUCAGAUGGCUUAUGCCCAGGUCGUAAAAUAUGGUAUGUCAACGAAAGUGGGACCAUUGUCGUUUGACACAGGACAGCCAGGAGAUAUGGUGUUUGAUAAGCCAUAUUCUGAGGCGACAGCGCAGAUAAUAGAUCAAGAAGUGAGGGACAUGAUAAACACCGCUUUGACACGAACUCGAGAGCUGUUGCUCUCGAAACGAGAAGACAUCGAAAAGGUUGCUCAACGAUUGUUAGAACGAGAAAAUCUAGCACGUGAAGAUAUGGUUGAGUUACUUGGAAAGCGGCCGUUUGCCGAGAAGCAGACUUAUGAGGAGAUGGUUUCUGGUACUGGAGGCCUGGAUGAGGAUACCCAGCUACCCAAGGGAUUGAAAGAUUGGAAUAAAGAAAGGAAUGAAGAGCCACAACCACAACCAGCCGACAAAUAAAGACGUUUGUGAUGGAACCGUUUUUUACUGCCGGCUGUAGCUCUCCUCUAGGCCGAUUACUAGUUGUUUUCUAUAGUUGUUUGUUAAGACAUUUGAAU